AUGAUCGAGUUUAAUUAUCAGAAUGGAGAAAUUGUUUCUUCUCCUACUGUCAUUGUUUCCGGAACAAGCUCAAAAACUGACCAUGGUGUCAUAGAAUUUAUCAAUAAUGAGAAUCUGGUAUUUCCCCCACAAUUCUUUGAAGUAAACAACGGCUGCUUCAAAGCACUCUUACAUGUGUCUCCAGGCGAACCAAACAAAUUCAAAGUGACGAUAUGGGAUAAAGCCCGCCUAAACGCUGGUGGAUUUCUUGAGAACGGGCGGAAAGCAGCUGAUCAGUCAGAGUUAACUCUUUUCUUCAACCCGCUUCCCGAAAAUAAACCUUUGCACAUUUGUGUGAUUCUCGGAAAAGAUUCCGACGGCUCCUAUGAUAUGCCAAAUUAUAAAUUGCAGCAGGGACAACUAGCUAAUUUGAAUACAGCCAUUCAAAGACUAAAAGUUGCGGCUAGAAUGAUGCAAGCAUACACACAAGACGAAUUUCAUAAUGUGGGGUUAAGCAAUCGUACUUUUCAAGUUGUCGAAGAGAUGCAGAAUUUCCAAGGUGUGUUCGGCUACAGUCUUCAGUCUAAGAUCCCUCAUGCUGAAGCCAAGAUUCAUGUCAUUCGUUCGCCCAAAACCGUCAAAGAAUUGCGGGAUCCAAACUAUGCCCAACAAAACCCAAAGGCAAAAGAAAGUGGCUGGCUUUUUAACCAUGCUAUAGAUUUGAUUCAGAAACAGGAUUUUUACCAACCAUACAAGGAUACGGAUACGGCCAUUCAAUGCGCCGUAAUGUACCUCGAUUCUCACUGGGAUUCAAAUACGAUAGUGACACAUGCUGCACUCGGUGGAGGCACCGGAGAAGUCAAAUUGGCGAUCUUUGGCUCUCAUGGUCUUCACUCAUUUCCUCUUACGUUUCCUCAGAUUACUCCCAGCUUUUUGGAUGAUACAAAAUUAAGUAAGAAGGAAGUAGCAAAUGACGCCUCUCAAUGUUCCACCUCAUGGGAAUGCCUCAACAUUUGUAUGGGUGCAUUCAUGCACGAAAUUGGACACCUGUUUGGAUCUCCUCAUCAAACGGAUGGUGUUAUGCUUCGUGAUUACCUUUGGUGGAAUAGGUCGUUUAUGACGAGAGAAGCGUACUGUGACCGGGAUAAAAAGCAGGGCUGUUGCAUUAACCGGAAUGGGUGCUGGCCAAAGACAUGCCAUUGGAACAUCCGGGAUCUCAUCAGAUACUUAUAUCAUGAUUCUUUCAGUAUUCCGGUUGAUAAGAACGAUGAUACUUUUCCAAAAAUUCAAGCGUCUACUUUUAUGCCUAACAAACUGUAUCCCAACCAGGAAGCGCCAUCUCUGUAUAUUGUGGCAUCGGGAGUCUUGACAGUGAGAUCUAUCCCAGGAAUCUAUAUGAUUGAGCUUUGUGGUGAAGAUUUGGCUAGAUUUCAUAUUCCGUUCUUCCCAAAAUCAUAUGGCGGGCCUGGUGUGCAGCAUGAAAUUACAUUGGAUUACAAGGACUUGUCCUGCAAAUUCAAACAAAGCUGGGAUAGAGCCGGUGAUGAAUUCGACGUAAGAGUAUUGUCCGUUUCUGGUGAUUUGUACAUUAAGAAUUUCAAGAAGAGCUCGCAGAUUUCAUCGGAUACUGUCAUUAAAAGUGAUUUCAAUUUAGGAAGAGGGAUUAUUGAAGGUUACAAAAGCGACCUAUUGGGCUCAGCAAAGGGUGACAUGAAAUUUAUUGGUUUUGACGUAAUGAGGAUUACAAAUAUUCGUGUCUACCAUGGUUUUGCGUUGGACGGUAUUUCCAUUUUCUUUUCGAAUAAUGGACACCACGCACCACCUGUACCCAAAAGAGAUUAUUUAGCAAAAGUCAUGGGAAAGUUGUCCAUCGACCCUCCAAAAUCCCAUGAUUCGGGUGGUACAACCCAGAAGGUGACGCUUGGCAAUGAAAAACCACAUUACACGGAGUUCACUCUUCAGCCGGGUGAAUUUAUCACGAAGAUGCUGUUUAGAAGCGGUCAAUGGGUGGAUGCUAUAUGCAUUGAGACUAACACAGGCCGUUCUUCUGGCAUGUUGGGAAACACGAAUGGAGGGCAUGUAUCUGUCUUCGAACCACCUCAAUCAAGCCGCAUGGUGGGAAUGUAUGGCUAUACGGGCCUGUGGAUGGAUGGAGUGGGAAUAGUUUAUGCUAAAGUAUAG